UGCGUGUCGGGUGAGGGAGGGAGCCUGCGCGGUACGUAUGUUUCGCCGGUCGCUCGGUCGGCUCUGUUGCCGCCUGAAAGUGAAAACUGGAUUGAGUCGGGCUUGUUUUUGUUGUUGCACCGACGCGGCGAACUUUGCUGCCGGCCGCUCCACGGCAUUAGUUCCUCGUCCAAUCUGCAAUCCCAAGCAUAUUAAGCAGUUCCUGUGCAGCCUGUGAAGAAAAUCCCUUCGACCCAGUACAGUGCAGUACCGGCGCCUGCUGUGCCUGGCCAUUCUGUCAGGGACAUUUAUGAAAGCCAGUUGUUCGGAGCCAAUCCUGCGUGCGAGCACCUGAACAACUUAAGAUGGAGGUGAUGAUGGGGCACCACUCCUACUUCGAGUUCACAACCCACGUGGAGAACCUCCUCUUCAAGGGACUCACAUCCUCCUCUCUUGGAGGUGAGAGCCUCCCCGCCAGCAAUGGGCUGCUCGGCCUGUGCCUGGGCGUGGCUGCCUUCUCGGUGCUGUACGAGUCCAUCACGGCCUCCCGCCACUACCUGGUGGAGGUGCAGAAGCAGACGCCCCAGAGCACCUGGGAGCCCCGCAGCGAGCGCAGCCGCCUCGAGUGCGCUCCAGGCGAGUCCCAGGUCGACCUCCUCUACGGCACCAUGGAUGCACACCGCUGGACGAGGCUCAAGUUUCACAUGGUGCAGACACUUCUGCAUGGACUGCAAGUAACCAUGGGAUUCUUCAUCAUGCUUAUCAUAAUGCGCUACAAUGGCUGGAUUGCCAUCACAGUGCUCGUGGCCUCUGGUCUGGCACACUACUGCCUAGGCUUGCUGCUGCUGGGGAAACCCCUGGGCAUGCCAUCUUCUGUGCCCCGCUGACCAGGACUUCCAGAGAUGGAGGGAAGCAUUUCUCCCGUCCACAAAGUGCCUCAGACCACCUGUGUGCCUCUGCACGAUCAAACGAAGUUGCAACAUCGAUGACGGCAAUCUCAACUAGCCUCCUUACAGCUGGAACUACUUGGUGUUCAUUGAUCAACCUAACCGUGGUUCCGAAAGUGCUCUCAUCUGCGCUAGUGGUGUGGCUUGCUUUCCUGCCUUGCAAGGACAAAGCUCAGGCCGACAAUUUUUCGUUCCUUACAUCACCGCCCUGCCAGUGGAGAAUGGUCUCGGAUUGCGGUUGCUAUGGUGAAUCUGUCUAAAGUGUUCUUUCCCAGAGUCAACUGCUCUUGUCACGCUGAAGUGGACGGCACUCGUUUGAUCGAUGACAGUGGGCCAAUCUUUGUCGCCAACUUUUGUUCGGUGAUAAUUUUUGAUGCGCGAGAUUGGAAAGGACAUUCUAGUGACGUGAAGUGACUGGCAGCGCCAUGUUAAGUUACACAGGCUUGUACUAUUUCAGGACAGCUGCUGAAUACAUUUGUCAGGGUAGUACCAUGGCAAUUGAUCAACUUUGAUAACAAAUUUUUACGUCGGGAGGGCUAGUACGUGUGACAACAUAGUGCAGCUAUGCCAAUGAUUGAUCAGUGGACAACUGUGUGUGUGUGUGGUUUGUACAAUUCCUGUUUGGGUACAAUGCUCGAAAUGGUAUACCAAGUUUGCUGUUUUGACGAGCAAGAAAGACGUCUUUUUUGGUGUGAAUUUCUGUCCCCACUUUUUGUUGCCUUUUCAGCAUUUUUUUUUUUAAAUUCAUAUCUGUGAGGAUCAUCUAGCUGCUUGUGUUUUUAUUGAACAAGUGGAACGUUGUUUAUUGGCUACAAUGCUACAAUGUGUACCAGGUAUGCUGUUCUUCACGUGAAAGAGCGGCUGUCCGUGUACACCUUAUGUUUAAGUUCUUUCGUUUUUAAGUAUGCUGUUCUGGCAAGCGGAAAAAAGUCCUUUAUGUGUGCUAUUUUACAUGUUGCUUUUUUUCUUUGUUACACAGCUCUCCACAUUUCUAUUCAUACCUGUGACAAACAAAAGAAACCUAAUCUGGCUGCUUGAGUGUUUUAUUAAACAAGUGGAAAGAUAUUUACAAA